GGGCCUUAUUUAGAGAGCUGCUUUAAACCAAAAUGUUAUGCCGCUUUAACAAUUUUUCCGAUACGGUAGGGCUACCUAAAAUAGUUUCCUUAAAUAAUUCCACUCACUCCUUCACUUACAUAUUCAUCCUUAUCGAAUCAUUACACAUCACCGCCACCGAGAAUAUUUUCUGCUUCCAGUCACUAAUUUCAAGUGUGUGAAGCUUGAAUGUCUUGGUCGUUUCGCUCAUAUUUAUGACCUCUGUGGUCUAAUUACCUCCACUCCCCGCAGCAGAAGCUCAUCCUUCUAUCAUUCUUCUUCUAUCGGUUAUUGUGCUAUCGUAUAUAAAGAUGGAGGACCAGCGAACAGAAGAGUUUGAAUGCGUCGCCGCCAUCUUUCCCGAAAUUGAGUUCAAUCCUACUGAUCGGUUUCACGCAUCCAUUGAAUUACCCGUUAAUCCUCAAAACCCCGUCACAAUCGCAUUUCCCACGGCAUCCGAUGGUGUGCUGGACAUCCCUACCCCGCCACUGUCCACGAGUUCUGGCAACGAGGAAGGAAACUUUAUCAAGAACCCUCAAGUUAACAAUACCGAAUCGCACGAAGUGACCUAUCUACCGUCGCUACAACUACAUAUUACUUUGCCAGAAGGCUAUCCAGAAACCCGGCCUCCGAAGUUUGAACUGUCUACAACACCGGCAUGGCUUCCUCAAGCCCGCCUUGACGAACUUGAGGCCGAUGGCGUUCGCAUGUGGGAGGAAAUGGGUCAUGAUUUGGUAGUCUUUGCAUACAUUGAUUCUCUACAACAAGGAGCUGAGAAUGCUUUCGGUUAUGGGGAAAAGGGGAAAAUAUUAGAAAUGCGUCAAGAUGAUAAGAUCUCUUUGCUCGAUUUUGAUAUCAAAUCUAUACAAUCAGCAUUCAAUAAGGGAACCUAUGAUUGUGGUGUCUGCCUGGGUAUUGUACUCCUUGGUUCUUAUAAUGUUCAUUCGCUGACUUGUGUUCAGAUCCGAAAAAAGGUUCCGCCUGCCAUAAAAUGAUCGAUUGCGGACAUGUCUUUUGCGUUGAAUGUUUGCAAGAUUUCUACAAUAACGCGAUCAAAGAGGGUGACCUAAUAUCAGUUCGCUGUCUCGCCCCGAACUGCGCAAAGGAGCGAGCCGAAAGAUGCACCAAAAAGACUCGAAAGCCGAAAAAUCAACUGAGCCCCAGCGAACUCCUUCAAAUACCUCUUGAACAUGAUGUUGUCACACGCUUUGUCAAGCUGAAGCACAAAGCCCAGUUGGAAUCCGAUAAAGAUACUGUGUAUUGCCCACGGGAUUGGUGUGAUGGGGCCGCCAGGUCAAAGAAAUAUCGCAAGCCAGAAGGUCUCGAGGAUGAUGAUGGUAGUUCUGACGAUGAACCCGAUACGGAGAUAAAAGGGAAGGGCAAAGGGUAUGUUUCGGGGGCGGACCUUCUCGCAAUCUGCGAGGACUGCUCUUAUGCAUUCUGCAGUCGAUGUAGACAGGGUUGGCAUGGGGAGUUUAAAUUAUGCGCUCCAAAGAGAAAGAGUGAAGAGCUUUCUGAAGAGGAAAAAGCUUCGUUGGAAUACAUGCAACUUCAUACUACGCCUUGCCCUACAUGUGCAGCUCCAGUACAGAAAACGCACGGAUGCAACCAUAUGAUUUGUUUCAGAUGCAACUCUCAUUUCUGUUAUCUAUGCUCGGCUUGGCUAGAACCUCAAAACCCUUACAAGCAUUUUAAUCAGGAAACUGCUGGUUGUUUCCAACGACUUUGGGAGCUUGAAGCUGGUGAUGGAGACGACGUUGGACGCGGUUUUAAUGGUGGCGUGCAGGAGGCCAAUGUUGUGGUUUUUGAAGAAGAGGGAAUCGAGGCACCUGAGUUGGAGGAACCAGAGCCGGAUAUUCCGCAGCCUGAAGAAGAGAUAGAGCAAGGCGAAAGAGAGGAAGUAGAAAGACAAGCCCCUCUAGUUUUACGGUUGAAUCAGCCCCGUCCAGUAGCACAGCCUGCACCUGCAGUUCCUGAUGCUCCAGAAGCCCAACAUGGACAGCCUAAUAGAAGACAUCGACAGAACCACGGUCGUGGUAACGGCGCUCCUCGUGCUCGUGCUGGUCGUUUGAUUGGACAAGAAGGCCAACGACAACCAGCUGGACGAGGCCGAGGCCGAGGUGGCAUGGAUGUUGUUGAGGAUAAUCUAGGUCAAAAUGCAGCAAAUCAGCUUUGGGUCCAGAGAUUCGUACGAAUGGCGUUACUGGACGAAGAAGAUGAAUUAGAAUGGGAAGAGGAUGAAGAGAAUCAUGCUGUUUGGGAAAUACCAGUUCGGUAAUAUUUAUGAUGAAUGAUAAUGCGAUGAGAUCUAGGACGUGGAUUAUGACGGCGCUGGAGUUAGGAACUGCAUACAGACUGCAUACAGACUGCAUAGUCAGUGGCUAGCGUUACAUGGUCUUUCAGGGACUCGGAUAUCAUGGUUUGCAUAUAAGGAACGGGAGUACAUGAAGGGGAUACAUAGACCUCGUUAAAUUGGUUAGGAUUAAUUAGUAUAAGAAAGAUUCUUAUUCGGUAACCA